CGCAGCAAGCAGAGACCACGCGUGCGCGGUCGUGGCCGAGGAGGCUGCGGUUCCUCUUCGGAGAUGGAACUAGUGGAGGAGCUGAACAAGCUAACGUCAGCCGAGGGUCGGAACCGGAAGGCGGUGCUGUGCCAGCGUUGCGGCUCUCGGGUGCUGCAGCCAGGGACCGCCCUCUUUUCCCGCCGACAGCUUUUCCUUCCCUCCAUGAGAAAGAAGCCAGCUGUGGCUGGUGGCAGCAACCCUGACAACAAUCUUCUCCAGGACCACUGGCUGGUUAACAACAUGUUCACCUUUGAGAAUGUGGGUUUCACCAAGGACGUGGGCAACAUCAAAUUUCUGGUCUGUGCAGACUGUGAAAUUGGACCCAUUUGUUGGCACUGCCUAGCUGACAAGAACACUUUCUAUGUGGCCUUGGAACCAGUUUCCCGCAUCACAGGACUGACAAGAUUUUGAAGGAUUGCUGGACCAGGACCCCAAGGAGAUGGAGGCCUUUGGAAGUACUGAAGAUCAUGCCUGGGCUUUACACA